AUGAAAACCCGUCUGGUUUCUCUAACAUAUCGCGGUUCGGCUUCGGUCGAUCCGCGCUACUCAGCCGCAAUGCUGCCGUGGACUAUAAACGAUAUUCGCUCAACGGAAAGUUAUUCGAAGCUUUCCGUUGGCAUUGAAAAUGGCAAUCUCGAAUCGUACAAUUCUGACUUUGAACUGCAAUUCAGUCAUCCACUCAAACACAUUGUCGGAAUGUGUCGCAUUGUCCACAAACAGGGUGGCAAGCAGGUGGGCAAUGGCUUCAUGCAAAUCAAAACGCCACAACAACAACAUCAACAAACAAAUGGCAUUGUCGGCGGCAAUGGUCUGCCCUCGUCAUCGUCCACAAGUAAUGGUUUCAAGUCAUCCCUAAAAACUUCCACUUCGUAUGGGUCGUUGUCAUCAAGUGCGGCCGCCUCAUACCAACAACAACAACAACAGCAACAACAGCAAGCCAACGAUGCCGCUGACAAUGGAGUACCGAAUAAUUUUAUGGAAUUUACCGGACCCAUAACGGGUUUAGUCUAUCUGAUGAAGGAGCCGAAGGAUCCCUUGCUGCACAUUUAUCUUUUUGAAUGUGAUGCGGUCGAGGAGAUGGCCGAGUUAAUGCAUCAAAUGCGUGAUCCUGCCCAUACCCUAGGCGGUUCCGUUGGCAGUAUACCACAAACAUUGGUGGCCAAUAGCGCAGCUGGUGGUGAAUUGACAAUGCAAAAACUGCUGGCAGGCAAUGGCAUACACACAACACCGGCCACCAAUCUUAAAAUGUCCGAAGCUAUGCGUCAGGCUCAACAUGAAGCUAGUCCCACGUUGGCCGCCGCCUCGUCAAAAAUGAAAUCAUCAAAAUCCUAUACACAUGGUCUCAGUAAUUCCGCAGGAACGGUAAACAUUCCAACAUCUACCUCAGCACAAAGUAAUCUCUCGCUACUCGCCGACAUCUCACCAAAUCACACCCACUUCUUUGAGGUUAUGUAUGUGGGUAAGAUACGUGUAUCACACAAGCGGGUACCCUAUUCGUUCAUCGAUGACGCCUUGCCCAAAUUCAAGGCUUACGAUGCUCAGCGGCAGCGUCUAAUGCAAUUGUCUUCGAAUCGUAAAAUGUCCAUGACAAGCGAGGGUGCGUUUGUAGGCGCCGGAACAUUAGAUUUGAAAAAUUGUUCUCUUAAAGAUCAUGAUGUGAAAGAAGAAGACGAAGAGGAGGCUGAACGUGAAGAUGCUAAGCGUCUGGAAAAGCAACAAAAGGCAGCUGCCGAAAAUAAAAAAUCCGAGGACGAAGAGAAAGACGAGGGAGAACAAUUGGAAAAGUAUAAUAAGGAGAAUAAUUUGCCCGUGGGAAAUCGUUUAAUGCGUGGCAUUAGUCAACUGGAUAUACCAUUGAAAAAAGACUUACCCAAGCAACGUGAUCGCUCCGCAUCAUAUGGCUGCAUACCACCCUAUGUUGAACAGAAUCGCACCAUGGUAUUUUUGGUUGGUCGUUCCGAUCUACGAUUGAUCUCACCCGAUCGCAAACAGGUAUUGCUCUACAAAGAUUUCAAAGAUGUGGCCAGCUGUGCUCAGGGUCAAAAGAAUGCCGAUCAUUUUGGCAUCAUAUGCCGCGAAGCCCACAAUGACGGUUAUAUUGGUUACGUUUUCAAAUGUCAAUCCGAUCAUGUUUGUGAUGAUAUUGUGGCAGCCAUCUCCCAGGCCUUUGUCACAUGUGCCGAACAAAAGAAAAAAGAAGCCACCCAAAUAUUCUCUUGUGAUCAUUGCCCGAUGUUGUGGUAUCACAAGCUCUGCACCGAUGUGGAAGGUCUAAGUGAAAAGAAAACACAAGCUAUGAUAUUUAGACGUAUUGAAACCCUAACCGAUGAUGAACAGGAUACUAUAUGGGCGAAAUUUUAUGGUUCGGAAAAGAUGACAGCACCAUUGCAGGAACAAAAUCAAUUUUUAAUGAUGUUACUGCGCGCUCACUGUGAGUCGCGACAGCAGCGUCAUGUCCAUGAUACAGCUGAAAAUCGUUCGGAAUUUUUAAAUCAAUAUUUGGGUGGCAGUACGAUCUUCAUGAAAGCUAAACGUUCCCUAACCAAUUCCUUUGAUCAUUUGUUGAAGAGAAAAGCCUCCAAGGAUGACAUCGGGGCGAAUACUUUACAGGUUAAGGAACAUAAAAUACGUGAAAGUUCCGCCGAGCCGAAAUUGGAAGGUGCCGGAGGCAAUGAUUCUCCACCGGAGGGCUUUAGAUCAAGAUCAAAUACAAUUGGUGGUACUAGCCCCAGUAAACCGCAGGCGGAACAACUGAAAUCACCAAUGAUGGAUAUAUUCAUGAAGGUGGGCAACAGCCCUAAGGUUGAGGAAACUCAUCAAGGCUCUUGGCGCCAGGCCAUACUCAAUAGUGUGGUAACACCCUCGAAGGGCAUGGAUGGCACUGAUGGCCAAUCGGAAUAUUUGUCACCCAUGAGAAUAACACAACCCAAAAUUGGCAAACGUACCCGUGAGGAGCUACGAGAACUCUGGAAAACGGCAAUCCGCCAAACAAUCCUUCUCAAUCGCAUGGAAACGGAAAAUGCCAUGUUACAGGCUCGCCAGAAUGAAAAUGAAUUAAAACGGAUGAAAUUGGAUUAUGAAGAGAUUGUGCCGUGUGAUAAGCAACUUAUCGAGCGAUGGGAUGCAUUCAUUGAACGGGAUUCUAUGAAAAUUGGCAACAAACGAGAUCCCAUUGUAUUGGCACAGGCCAUAAAAACCGGAGUACCACGUUCGAAACGUGGUGAGGUAUGGUCAUUUUUGGCUGAACAACAUUCCAUGUACACGGCACCGGUGGACACCAAGAAAUUUCCCAAUUUCAAUACACCCUAUCAUGCUCUGCUGAAAAAUCUUACCGAACAUCAACAUGCGAUUUUUAUUGAUUUGGGUAGGACAUUCCCCAAUCAUAAAUUCUACAAAGAUCCAUUGGGAUUGGGUCAGUUGUCAUUGUUUAAUCUGCUCAAGGCCUAUUCAAUAUUGGAUCCAGAGCUGGGUUAUUGUCAGGGCUUGGGUUUCAUAUGUGGCAUCCUACUGUUGCAUUGCGAAGAAGCCGAGGCCUUCCAGCUCUUGAAACACCUGAUGUUCCAUCGUCAAAUGCGCACCAAAUACUUGCCCGAUAUGAAAAAGUUCCAAUUGCAAUUGUAUCAAUUGUCUCGCUUGGUUAAAGAUCAUCUGCCGGAUUUAUAUGUUUGGCUCGAUCAAAAUGAUGUCUCACCUACCCUGUAUGCAGCACCAUGGAUUUUAACCGUUUUCAGUUCACAAUUUCCAUUGGGUUUUGUUGCCCGUGUCUUUGAUUUAAUGUUUUUGGAAUCCUCGGAGGUAAUAUUUAAAUUUGCCAUUGCAUUGUUGACGGUCCAUGAAUCCGAGUUGCUGGCCCGUGAUAAUUUCGAAGAGAUUAUGGAUUAUUUGAAAACCGUCGUACCGAAAAUCGAUGCUAAAACUAUGGAGAAAGUUUUGAAAAUGGUCUUCACAUUGGACAUCAAUAAACAGCUGAUGGAAUACAAUGUAGAAUAUAAUGUGCUGCAGGAGGAAAUCACCUCAACAAAUCAUCAUUUGGAAAUAUUAAAUCAAGAGAAGUCUAGGAAUCAACAUUUGGAACAACAAUUACAGUUUGCCCAAUCAUCAAUCGUGCAAUUGGAGAAGACACGCUCCUCACAGCAAUCACAAAUAACCAAUCUACAAUCACAGGUUCAAUCAUUGGAAUUGACAAUUCAGACAUUGGGUCGUUAUGUUAGUCAUUUAGCCGAACGUAAUAUCGAUUUGGAAAUACCACAGGAGGUGCGAAGAGUUCUACAACAACUCGACGACUUGGAAAAACAAAGACGACGUCCUCUAUUCACCGAACGUAAAAUUGGUAAGUCUGUCUCGGUCAACAGUCACUUGGGGUUUCCACUCAAAGUCCUCGAAGAGUUGAACGAAAAAGAAGAACAUGGUUCGCCCCAAAAAACCAAGAAGACACCCUAUUUUGAGAACACCUACGAACAGUUGAGGCAACAGAAACGUGGUGCAGCAUUGGGUGGCAGUGCAACACCAACAGAUUCCACCAUAUCCCCAACACGACAGAUCUCAGCACCUGCUAUGCAGCAACAACCACAAUCUCCAGAAUUGACCCAACCACAGAGACAGCAGUCGGUGCAGCAACAACAAAGACCCAAUCGUUUGUACAGCGAUAAGGGACCCAAUCUGCAAGAGAUGCAAUCCCGUUUGGAUGAAUUAAAAUUACCCGAACAUGUUGAUCGUUAUAUGGCCCAAAUUAAAAGUCCACUCGAAGUGGAUAGUGGUGUUGGCACUCCACUCAGUCCACCCAGUACCAGCAGCAACAGUAGUCAAAGUAGUUCCUUAAGUACGGGCAGUAUUUUCAGUCGUAUGGGCUACAAGAAUACUCCGGCGGUAUUUUCACCAAACGCUAGUCGACAACUAUUCGGUGUGGCCACUCCCACCAUGGAAUCGGGUAAUACAUCACCCGCCAAAGCUGCAGCUGUGCCACCAGCUGAAGAAGCUCAGUUACCGGAGGUAAAUAAAACCGAAGCAAUGCAUCCGUUGAGUAUGGUUGGUGAGGUAAAUGUACGAUUUAAUGGUACAACACAAUUGAAAUCAAUACGUCCAGUUCACCACCUAAAGAGUCCGGUAACGCCGCCUAAACCAGCUGCCCAAAAACAAACCGAACAAACAACGGCAGCAGCAGCAGCAGUGGCUCAAAAUGUUAGCGGGGCUGGUACAAGCUAA